AUGUCCAGACACACCCUUUCGGAUCUCAAGUAUAUCAAGUCAUCAACUCUUCGAACCUGGUUUCAAGGCGGCUCUCCUCAUGGAAAGGGAAAGUUUGCAGUUGUAGAUGUACGGGACAGCGACUUUGUAGGUGGCCAUAUCCGUGGCUGCUACCACUAUCCCGCAGGUAACUUCCACUAUACGCUUCCAGAAUUGCAGCAGAGACUCAUGGAUAAUGAGAUAAACGAUGUUGUGUUCCAUUGUGCUUUAUCACAAGUCAGAGGCCCCUCAUCCUCUUUGAAAUUCUUGCGAUCUUUGGACGAUAUUAAAGAUAACAACUUGAAAAAGUACUUUGACAAUGUUCAUGUCUACGUUUUGAAGGGAGGCUUUACCAGAUGGCAGGCCAAGUACGGUGAAGACGAAGAAGUCACUGAGGGAUACGAAAAAGACAUCUGGCAAGGAAUAUAG